AUGCCUAACACUUCUACAUUAAAUCUUCCAUUACUAGUGUUAAAAGAAAUCUUUGAAAUUUUAGCAAAUGAUACUAAAACACUUCACUCUUGUAUACAGACACACCUUGCUAUUGAAACUUAUAUACAAGAAAUGUUUCUUCAAGAAAAACAAAUAAUCAAAAAACAUUUUAACAUUUCAAGAUUUGUAUUUAAAUUAUUGUUACCAUAUUCUUCAUUUUUGCGAUUAAUUAAUAUAAGUAACUUCAUGGAUACUGUGAUCAAUUUUUGGCAAAAAUUCCAUAAAAAUUCUCAAGAUUGUAAGAUUAAAAUGAUUUCUAAACUUCUUAUUCAAUUAAUGUUGAAUAAAUCUACUAAAAUUCAACAAUUUAAAUUCGCAGAUUUAUACCUUUUUGUUUAUCCAGAGUUAGGCAAUUCUCUUUUACACUCUCUUUCAUAUUUAGAAUUUAAUUCUGUUGAAUUUAUACAAGUUUCUUUAAUCGGCUUUAUAAAAAAGUAUCAAUUACUUUCAAAAUUAGCUAUUUUCAAUUGUUUAUUUGAAAAUGAAGGUGAUCAAAAUAAUUUAAUAAACCAAAUUCCCAUCAAACAACUUGUUAUUUACAACUCUACCACACCUGUUAUCAAACUUAUUUUACUUUGCAAUUCAAGUUUAAAAACCCUUAAAAUUAUAGGUUAUGAAGAAGAAGUAAAUUUAGAUGAUUUAUGUAGAUUCUUUAGUAAUAUUAAUUUUAGACGCUUAUUUGUUCUUUUAGAAAUUGCUGUUCCUUAUAAUUCGCAAGUGGUUUCUAAAAGUAUUCAAUUUGACGAAUUUGGAAAACUAGAAGAAAUCGAAAGCAAAAGUCUUAAAAGUUUUAGAAGUUAUAAUACUCCAUUCAAUAUAUUAUUUUAG